GGGGGCAGUUUUUGAUUUGAAUAUAAAGCGCUUCUCCGGAGGAGGGCGCCUGAGAGAGCUCCGAGACGAGCCAAGAAGGAUUAGGGUUCCGAGCAAGAGAAAUAUUAGGGUUUUGAGGGUGCUAUUCUCAGAGACGGAGAGAUAGAGAGAGAUGGAGGGAGGGGAGGCGAAGAAGGCGGUGAAUCCGCGGUGCUACAUGGAUAUCAGCAUCGGGGGGGAGAUGGAAGGGAGGAUCGUGGUGGAGCUCUCCCCCGAAGUGGCGCCGCGGACGGUGGAGAACUUCAGGGCGUUGUGCACGGGGGAGAAGGGCAUUGGGCCUAACACCGGCGUGCCGCUCCACUACAAGGGUGCACGUUUUCAUCGUGUUAUCAAGGGUUUUAUGAUACAAGGUGGCGAUAUAUCCGCAGGUGAUGGAACUGGAGGAGAAUCCAUAUAUGGAUUAAAAUUUGAGGAUGAGAACUUUGAACUGAAACAUGAAAGAAAAGGAAUGCUAUCAAUGGCAAAUUCUGGCCCCAACACCAAUGGCUCUCAAUUCUUUAUUACUACCACUAGAACAUCUCAUCUAGAUGGAAGACAUGUUGUGUUUGGGAAGGUGGUUAAGGGUAUGGGAGUCGUUCGGUCGAUUGAGCAUAGUCCUGUUGGAGAUGGUGAUUAUCCCACUGUUGAUGUAAUUAUUGUAGAUUGUGGAGAACUUUCUGAAGGGGCUGAUGAUGGAGUUUCAAAUUUCUUCAAAGAUGGUGAUAUGUAUCCAGAUUGGCCCAAUGACCUUGAUGAGAAGCCAAGCGAGCUUUCAUGGUGGAUGAAUGCUGUGGACUCCGCUAAGGUUUUUGGAAAUGAUUACUUCAAGAAGCUUGACUUUAAGAUGGCUCUUAGAAAGUAUCGUAAGGCUCUUCGCUACUUGGAUAUUUGCUGGGAGAAAGAAGAGAUUGAUGAAGAGAAAAGCUCAUUGUUGCGGAAGACAAAGUCAAUUAUACUCACAAAUAGUUCUGCUUGCAAAUUGAAAUUAGGAGAUCCCAAGAGUGCCUUAUUGGAUGCUGACUUUGCAUUGCGUGAAAGAGAGGGUAAUGCCAAGGCAUAUUACCGCCAAGGCCAGGCACACAUGUCACUUAAUGAUGUGGAUGCCGCAGUCGAAAGUUUCAAGAAAGCACUAGAGUUAGAGCCAAAUGAUGGAGGCAUAAAGAAAGAGCUUGCUGCUGCAAAGAAGAAGAUUGCUGAUAGGCGGGAUCAAGAGCGAAAGGCUUAUUCCAGAAUGUUCCAAGCCUCAGUAAAAUCAGAUGCAAAUAAUGAGGACAAACAUUGCUGAAGAAAAUUCAGCUCUAAAAAUUUAUAUGAAAUCUUUUGGCAAGUGGGCAAAUAUAGUAGGUUUUCAUUCAGCAUAGAAAGGUUCAGGUAUACAAGUGGGACUGAAGAAAAAAAAAUCCAGAUCCCUUGAGAUGGAUAUAUACAGAAAAAGGAAAAAGCUUGAACCAUUUUUUCUUAAAAGUAGGAGUUGCAUUGAGACAUUGUUGUAAUAGGCUGUUUAGAUGGGGGAUGCUUGAGACUUUACCAUUUCAAAUAUUUCAUUCCGUCCUGCACAAAAAACAAAACUUUCGUACUUCUGUUGAACUAGAUGGUUUAUUCUGGACGUUUACUCAUUCCUUCAACUUAUCUAUCGUACCCUUUUUGUUA